AUGGAUGACUUUGUAGGACCCCCUCAAUGUACAUUGCUACCAUUGAACCAUGGGGGUUGCCCAAUAGCUGGAUCUGAAGUGGAUUCGGACGAAACGCUUAACGAUUUCCUCCGUAAACGUUUGAAUCUUCGUGGAACGAAACUCAUGUGCAAGGUAGGAACGUGUGGGACCUGCAUAGUGGCUGCGACAGCGUCUGACCAUGAUGGAUAUAGAAGGACAUAUUCUGUCAAUUCAUGCUUGUUAACAAUUCUUCAAUGUCAAGAUUUGGAGAUCACAACCAUAGAGGGGAUUGGGGACAGGCAGGGUUACCAUCCUCUGCAGCGGACGUUGGCUGAGUACAAUGGCACACAGUGUGGGUAUUGCUCGCCAGGGUGGGUCAUGAAUAUGUAUAGUUCAUUAGAAAGCAACGACUACAAAAUGACGCAGUGUGAAAUUGAGAAUUCGUUUGGUAGUAACAAUUGUAGAUGCACCGGCUACAGACCCAUAUUGGACGCUUUCAAAUCGUUCGCUAGUGACGCGCCAAAACCCAAAAUAAUCGAUAUCGAAGAUUUAAAGAAAUGCAACAAAAAGUGUGACCCCUGCGACAAAGAUUGGUGUUUCAUCCCAGAUAGAGAUCAUGAGGUGAAAACCAUUCAUUUGAAGGAUGAUAAAGUGUGGUAUAGGGUUUUCGGUGUGAGCGAUAUAUUUGACAUAUGGCGACAUGAACACGAGUCAUAUAUGCUGGUAAAUGGUAACACAGGAAGAGGUAUUCUGCCGAUUCCAGAAUUUCCAAAGGUACUAAUAGAUAUAAGUGCAGUGGAAGUGUUAAAGACACAUUACUUAGAUCAGAAUUUAGUGAUUGGAGCCGGUGUAACACUCACAAGUCUUAUUGACAUCUUCAAGAAAACGUCAGAGCAUUAUGAAGAUUUCUCUUAUUUAGAUAAAGUUUGUGAGCACUUAGAUUUGGUGGCGCAUGUUCCCGUGAGAAACAUUGCUACCAUAGGAGGAAACUUAAUGUUGAAGCACAGAGAUCCGGUAUUCCCAUCAGAUGUAUUUUUAUUGUUAGAAGCUAUUGGUGCUGUUAUAACUAUAGCAAGUAUUGAUGGAACCCUUGUGGCGACACCAGUCGACUUCCUAUUGAUAGAUAUGAGGAAGAAGAUUAUUACCAACAUAAAAAUACCACCGCUAUCUCGGCAUUUUCAUUUUGUCUCUUUCAAGGUCAUGCCACGUUCUCAAAACGCCAUAGCUGAAAUCAAUGGGGCGUUUCUUUAUGAACUAGAUAGUAAUGAAAAAACAGUGAAAUCAGCACGGAUUGUUUACGGCGGCCUCUCAGAUGAUUUCAUUCACGCUUCUAAAACGGAAACAUUUCUUGUGGGAAAGGACUUAUUUCAGAAUGAUACACUACAGGGAGCUUUAAUAAUAUUAGAGAAAGAAAUUGUCGCAGAAGAAAUAAAAGCAAUGUAUUCACCGGAAUACAGAAAGAAGGCUGCAUUGGGUAUAUUUUAUAAGGGUCUCUUAAGCUUAACACCAUCAAAACAGUUGAACGAACGCUAUGCAUCCGGCGCAAGAGACUUGCGAAAAACUCGUCCGCUCUCCAAGGGUACUGAAGUCUACGAUACAAAUCCUAUAUUAUGGCCUUUAAAUGAACCAAUGCCGAAGCUAGAAGCAUUGAUACAGUGUUCUGGAGAAGCCAAGUAUGUAGAUGAUCUUCAAACGCAACCGAAGGAGGUGUACUGCGCGUUUGUGACUGCAAAAAUAUUUAGUGGGGAGUUUGAGAAUGUCGAUCCGUCACCCGCUCUUAUAUUACCAGGAGUCAUAGCGUUCUACUCAGCGAAAGAUAUACCAGGAACGAAUUCGUUUAUAAGUGAAACGGUGACUAGCUAUCAAAGGGAAAUUCUACUGUCUGACGGUAAAAUAACAUUCUACGACCAGCCUAUCGGUAUUAUAGUAGCGGAAACAGAGGCACUUGCAGCUAGAGCCGCUGAACUGGUAAAAGUUACCUACACGAAGGCACAAAGAAAGCCCUUAUUGGACAUACGUGAUGUAAUGACUGAAGAUCCAAGUCGAAUAACCCUUUUCCUUGCUUUACCAGCAAGAGAACCACCUGGAGCUGAUAUAGAUAAAGUUAUAAAGGGGACCGAGGAUAUCUUCUGGCAGUAUCAUUAUACGAUGGAAACACAAAGCUGUGUUACGAGGCCGAAUGAAGAUGGUAUCGAUGUGUUUCCGUCCUCUCAAUUUCUGGAUAUGUCACAUUUGGUUGUAGCGAAUGUUUUGAAUAUUGAACAAAGCAGGGUAAACGUGGUUAUCCCCCGCUGUGGUGGAGCCUACGGAAGUAAAAUAAGCAGAAGUGGGUUAAUAGCUACAGCAUGUUCGUUAGUUACAUACCUUCUGAACAGACCCUGUAGAUUCAUCAUGGACUUUCAAGCAAAUAUGCGCAUAAUAGGAAAGCGUACGCCCUCACAUUUUGAAUAUGAGGUUGCCGUUAGUAGUGAUGGAGAAAUUCAAUAUUUGAAUUACAAUAUAUACGAUGAUUUAGGCUACAAGCAGGGCGAUUUCAUAGGAUUCCUACUUGUCUCGGCAAUGAGAAAUUGCUAUAAUAACAGGAGGUGGAAUUGUAAUAUCUACUAUGCAUUCACUGAUACAACGCCUAAUACUUAUGCUAGAAGUCCUGGAAGUCUCGAAGCCAUAGCCAUGACGGAGCAUGUAUUUGAAAGGAUAUCUUAUGAACUAGAUAUGGACCCCAUAGAAGUAAGAAGUAAGAAUUUAAAGAAAGAGGAAAAAGAAAUAUACCAGGUCCUAGAAACAUUAAUCAAAGACAGUGAAUAUUAUAAGAGGAAAGAAGAAGUAGAAAAAUUCAAUAAGAAGAACCGUUGGAUAAAGCGCGGCUUCCGUAUAGCAACUAUGAGCUGGCCUGGUCCACCCAUGGUAGACUUUCAUAUAAGUCUAUCUGUAUACCACGGCGACGGCUCUGUUAUAGUGAAGCAUGGUGGAAUCGAAUUGGGACAAGGCAUCAAUACAAAAGUAACCCAAGCCAUUGCGUUCGUAUUUAAAAUUCCUAUAAGCAAAAUUAAAUGUAGACCAUGUGAGAGCAGUUCUAUACCCAAUAACUUCACCACAGCUGCCAGUCGUACGACGCAAUCCGUUGGUUUCGGAGCUAUAAAAUGCUGCCAAAUUAUAUUAGACCGAUUAUCAGCGGUGAGGGUAGAUGGAGUUGAAGAUCCUACUUGGGAGCAAUUGAUACAGGCUGCAUACCAGCAGGGAGUAAAUUUACAAGCUAGUUACCAUGUCACAACUGCGGACCAGGAAGCCCAUAGAUCUGUCGGUGCGGCGGCAGCUGAAGUGGAAUUAGACAUAUUAACGGGGGAGUCACAAAUUCUUAGAGUGGAUAUCGUUGAAGAUGUCGGAACCAGUUUGAAUCCGGAAAUUGAUGUUGGACAGAUAGAGGGCGCUUUCGUUAUGGGUCUGGGGUAUUGGACAUCAGAAGAAAUCAAGUUUAAUAAAGAUACUGGAGAAAUACAAAACGAUCUAGCAACUUCCUACCACAUACCAUUGGCAAAGGACAUACCUAUAGAUUUCAGGAUAAAACUGUUGAGGAAUCACAACGAAAUAGGAACUUUGGGAUCACGAUGUGUUGCCGAACCAGCCAUUUGUCUCUCCGUUUGUGUCGCGUUUGCCUUAAAAGCGGCAAUUUUAUCUUCAAGGGAAGAGUCUGGUUUUCCUCGCAAUCAGUGGUUUAAAAAUGAUGGUCCCUACACAUUGGAAGCAAAUGUGAUGCACUCAGAGGCGAAAGUGGAGGAGUUCUUAUACAAAUGA